AUGUUCGUCAGGAGUUAUUUAAGUAAAGUUGCGAAAAACGUAGUUAGUUCGGCUAAUUAUGCAACGAAAAUUUCUAAACCUGAGAUUCCCAAGAAUCCCUUGUCUUCAAUAUAUACAGCGGCAAAUCAAAAAGAGAAUGGAGUAGUCUAUGAUAAAAAGCCCUUCAGGUUGAACUUGGAAGCUGGGAAGACAUACCAUUGGUGUCUCUGUGGAAGAUCUAAAUCGCAACCAUUGUGUGAUGGUACACAUAAAGAUAUAUACCUUAAAGUCACUCAAAGACCUGUGAGAUUUACAGUAGAAAAAUCAAAAGAAUACUGGCUGUGCAACUGUAAACAGACUAAGAACAGACCUUUCUGUGAUGGCACUCACAAGCAGAAGGAAAUACAGGAAGCUGGCACUGUCAGGUUGUGA